UCAGCAGCUUCGGCCAAGCUGUGCCUCCUUUCUGCUGCUGGGGCAAAGAAAUGCAAACCAGUAGAGCAGGUCAGACUGCGAAGAAAAAUUAUGGCUUAUUGUCUGUGCAAGUUCACCCACACUGCUCACUUCUGUCUCCCGUGUCCCAGAUGACUGCACUCAGAUCACAGCUUAACUGAGCCCGAGGAGCCCAGGGAGAGACACAGAUCCCCAUGUGUUAGAGAAAGGAGGAGCAUCCCCCAGUGGGCCAAGGGCCCUGCAGAAUCUCCGUGACUGAUCAGGCAGUUUUUGCUAAAACCUGAAUAAUUUGAAACAAAGGGACAGCCUUGCAUGCAGCCCAGGAGCACGGCACAGCUCUGAACAUGACCACAGAGAGCUUUGCAGAAUUCUUGAACAAGCUCAAGGAAAUCCAUGAAAAAGAAGUCCAAGGUCUGCAAACAAAGCUAACGGAGCUGACGACAGAGAAGUGCCGUGAUGCCCAGAGAAUUGAAGAGUUGUUUGCUAAAAACCACCAACUAAGGGAACAACAGAAGGUCCUCAAAGAAAAUGUAAGAGUGCUGGAAAACAGGCUGCGAGCGGGUCUCUGCGACAGAUGCAUGGUCACCCAGGAGCUGGCAAAAAAGAAGCAGAAUGAGUAUGAGAAUUCCCAUUUCCAGAGCCUCCAGCACAUCUUCAUUCUCACCAACGAGAUGAGCCGCCUGAAGGAGGAGAACAAAGCUCUCAAGGAAGAACUGAAGAGGCUCCAGAGCCUGGAGGACAGGACCAAGUACCCAGGAGCCAUCUCCAGGGAGCGCAGCUCCACGCCCAGCUCCCCACUGCCAUUACUGUCCCCUACUGGCAGGAACACCAGUGCCGAGAGAGUGGUUCUCGGGGUGGCAGAAGACUCCCAACAUGGUGUGCCAGGGCUUGAGCUGGGGGAAGAGAAGUCCACAGGACAGAGAAGCUCUCCAAGCAGCAGGGUUUCCCCAAGCACUGUCCUCCAAGAAGCCAGCCUGGCAGAAAUGGCAUCCCAGAGGAUUGCCAACCAGCUGCACGGCACCAUCGCGCUGGUGAGGCACAGCCUGGAGAAAAGUCCCUCGGGGGCCGCAGUGUCCCCACCAGCCAGGAAGACCCCACUGCCACCGGAGCAGGAACGCAGCCCCAGCCUGGAGCCUUAUUUAACAACAACGAAGCCAAUCUCCCCCAAGAUUGCUCCAUCCUAUGAAAACCUAAAGCUGACUGCCCGCAAAGAGCAGCUCUGCCUCCUCAACAAGCACCUCGCCCUGCACCAGCUGGGGCUGGCAAGCAGCUGCGCUCCGUCCGAUGGGGACAGCAGCUUCCCCAGCCGCUUGCUCAGGGCCACGGAUGGCGAUGGCAGGACAAGGCUACGUGAUGACUGGGAAGACAGGGCUGCCCUGCUGAAGCUCCCUGCAGCUGUGGUGUACGUGAGAGACCAGCACUUGGAGGGGAAGCUGCAUCUCCUCAAGCACCGUGAGCAGCUGCAGCACCUGGAGCAGCAGCAAAGCCAUCGUGUCAGGGUGGAUGGGGAGCCCAAAGAUGUGCCCAAGGAGUGGCCACUGUCCCCAUGCCUGACCAUCACAGUGGGAUGCAAGGAGGAGAGGAUGGAGGAUGCUGUGGUAGGGAAGGUGGAGAGGGAGCUCUGGUUGAGCCGGGAUGGCUCUGAGCACCGAGGAAAAGUGGAAGCAUUGAGGGACUAUGGUGCAGAUGCCCCACUGGACCUGUCAGACACCAGGCGUGGGAGGGGAAUGGGAUGGAUCAAGCACCAGGAGGCCAACAGCCCACGGCCGAGCCCUGGGGACAGCCCCAUGCACGGCCCCUGCAAACGACAUGGGACAGAGCAGGACAGCUCACAGCCCCACAGCCGCUGGCAUGAUGCUGCCCAGACACUGCUCACAGGGCAGCCCAGUGCCAUCAAGAAGGAGGAGGAAGAUGAGGAAGAGGAGGCAGCUAUGCUCACUCUCUCUCGGGUGCAUCCUAUGAACAAGUCAACACCAAGCAACACAGAGACACCUCCAGAGGCCAGGGUGAGACCGGUAGCCAGUGCACAGAAGGAAGAACCAGAUGAUGAUGAUGAUGAUGAUGAGUCCAUGAAGCAGGAAUCUGAUGAGGCAGAUACGACAGACAGCGAGGUGGCUGCUCCCUGUGAACACGACAUCCUGCAAGAAGCCCAGUCUGAAAGGAAAUAUUUUUGCACCAAAGACAGAGCUCAGGCACUGCAGAAAAAGAGGAAAAGAGGACAGGAUUCCUGCACAAAAGGCUCCAAGAAGGCACUGAGAGGAAGAAAGAAAGUCAAAGCGGAGCAGAGCUCACUGGGGAUGACGGAGGAAGCGGAGAGUUGCUUGGCUUCCCACCAUGACCCCUCUGAGGAGAGAUAACUGGGGGGUGUGGAGACACAUGAACACUACAGCUGAAGGAGAAGAGCUCAGAUUCAGCAUCCCACCAACACUGAGAGAGCAACUCCUGUCCAUAAGAGCCCAUAAAGACAACUUCAGGAGCAGAGCAUCCUCAAACCCUCCCUGGGUGCUCCUGGGAGAGGCUCAGCAUGGACCCUCACCCUGGUGCCGGAAAGAGGGACCGUUCUCUUCCUCAGGAUUUGGUGCCUGAAGGAGGGACCCCAACCUCGCUCCCUGUCCCCCAGAGCCCAGUGCCCACCUGAGCACUGCAGGUCCCACUGUCCCCAUGCAUCAGUUCAAUCCCAACCCGGGUUUUGUACAGACGUGAAUCUUGUUUGAGCUGCAAAGCCCAUGGAUUUCCUUCUGAGCACAUGGGCCGGGCAGGUGGGACACAUUCCCGGAGAGGGCAGAGACAAGAGCAGGCAGGGCUACUCCUCUACAUGUGCAGCAAACAGAGCUGAAAGAAAAAUGCCAGAGAUAGCACGUGCCCUGUGUGCUGCCUCCCCAUCACCACUUCCUCUGCCAGGCACUGCUCUUCUUUUAUUGUGGAUUUGUUUGUCCCAUUCACACGGGGGGGGAAGUGUGGCGAGCCAAACCCCCAGCCAGACACGCAGCUGGUGCGGGGAAUCUUCUCCACAUCGUGUUUCCACCUCCUUCGAGCAAGCCAGGUAACAUGAAAUUAAAUAAUAAUAAUAAAUAAAAAUAUAUUUUAAUAACGACAA